AUGCACAACCUUUUUCUCGGGACUGCAAAACGAAUGAUGGAUAUUUGGAUUGCAACCAAUUUGCUUGAUGACAAAGAUUUGGUAGAGAUGCAGGAAGAGGCUAAUAGAAUGGUACUCCCUGUAGGGUAUACGACUCUGAAGAUAAAGAUUGGAAAGAAAUUUCCGUUUAUGAAAGCAGAUGAGUGGAAAUCAUGGUGCCUGAUAUACUCUCCUGUUCUGCUUAAGACACGCCUGCGAGAUGAUCUGCUUGGCAAUUGGAUCCAUUUUGUCGAUGCAUGCAGAGAAUUGACGAAGCCAAGUAUCACCAAAAAUGGGAUCAAAAAAGCUCACGAAAGUUUGGAGGAGUUCUGUGUUGGUUGUGAAGACUUUUAUAAACCAGAUGUAUUCACGCAAAACAUGCAUCUCCAUCUCCAUCUAAAAGAAACGAUUGAGGACUUUGGGCCAAUUUACGGAUUUUGGCUAUUUAGCUUUGAACGCUAUAAUGGUGUAUUGAAAGGGUUUGAGACAAACCAGAAGAGUGGGUUCGAGAAUACCUACAUGAAAAGGUUUCUUGAGAGUUCUUACAAUGGUGACUUUUGUCAAGCGCAUCUCAGAAAUGUUACCAGCCCUUUACUCCUCUCUCUCUUUCUCAAGCUGUCUGGUUGUAAAAUCUAUAAUCCUGCACUUUCGCCACAUCCUUUGAUACCGUCAUUCUUUCACUUGCCAACGUUCCUACAAUCCACUGAAAAGCCUUCAAAGCAAACAUUUGGCAACGAAUCUCUACCUCUUUCUGCUCUACCAUUGUGUUUGAAGCCACCAACAACAAGGAGAAAAUCCGAGUAUGAUUGUCGGCUCGAUUUCUAUAAAAUUGAGUAUGACGAUGAUUCUCUUUGCAGUGCCAAGACAACAAUCAGGAAUUGUUGGUUUGUGAAUGACCGAAUCCAGAAGAUUUCGUCCAUCAAUCUUCUUGGACAAGUUUACACAGGUGGAGAAGUGGAGACUCUGAGGAAAGAUAUGCUGGUCGUAUUAAGUACUUGUUCUUGCACGAUUUUACACCAAACCUCACGCACACCAACCUUUUCCCUUGUCACAACCCCCAACACGUAUUUGCCUUCGUUGAGUGGUACAAAAUUCCUUGCCAUCAAUCUAGAAUCAAGCAGGGCAUUGAGUUGUAUGAGCCAGAAUUUCUGA